AUGGCUCCCUUCCAUGGCUGCCAUACCAACUUUCACUACCACAACCCACACCACUCGCCAAACAGAGCUUACAUGGCUGCCAUACCAACUUCCACUACCACAACCCACACCACUCGCCAAACGGAGCUUCCAUGGCUGUCAUACCAACUUCCACUACCACCACCCACACCACUCGCCAAACGGAGCUUCCAUGGCUACCAUUCCAGCUCAAACCACCACAAUCCACAACACUCGCCAAACCACCUUGAAUUUUCUUCCGCUACCAAGGACCAUCUUGAGGCCGCCUUGGCCAACCUUGCUGCAGCUCAACGCCGCCUCGACUCCACACUAGAUGCUCUUCUCCUAAAACUGUCUCUGAGAACCAGCUACCACUACCCUUCUUCCUCCGUGCAGUCACCACUGCCACCACCGCCGUCCAUGCCAACUCCACCUCCAUUUUCCGCACUCAUACAAUUGCGCCCCACACCCUUACUGACUUCGCUGCCCAUGCCAACUCCCUCACCCAUGCCGACUCUGCCGUCCAUGCCACCUCCGUCACCCAUGCCGACUCCGCAGCCCAUGCCACCUCCGUCGGCCAUGCUGCCUUCGCUUCCCAUGCCAACGACGCCUCCAUCCGCGCAACCAUCCCUUCCACCAUUGUCGGGUUCGCUUCCUAUGCCUGCUCUUCAUCGGUCCUAUCUCGGUCUCGUUUGCACUGCCAUUUACAUCAACAAGUUCAUCAACAUCGUUCCUCUUUAA